AUGCACAUUUUUGGGUUGGCAAUUUAUUCGAGUGAAACACCUUGCUGAUCAAACUGUUGGAAGAGCAGAAAAAACUGAGGUAUUAUCUGAAGAUUUACUAGGCGUUGAAAAACGUGUUGAUAACAUAAAACAUGCAAGCCAUUCAGUUUUAAAAAAAUUAUCAAUGUGCAUGAUCAGUCAAGGGACAGAUUUGGAAAAAAGAUUGAAAAAGAUUCCGGAAACAUAUCUAUCGUCCGCCUUGGUCGAGUUCAGCACAAAUGUUGGCGAAAAUACCCCAUUAGGGAGCGCGUUACGAUAUUGCGGGGAGGCCAUGAGUCACAUAGGUAAAGACACUUUGCAAUACGAAUUGGACAUUGAAAUGAAAGUGUUUCAGCCUUUAAAUAUGCUUUUAGAAACUUACCUUCCAGUAAUCAAUAAGUUCAAAAAACAACUUAAUAGGCAGACACUGGAAAUGGAUAUAUGUAAAACCAGGUAUAAUGAAAUGUUGAGAAGGUCCUAUUGUUCCGUUAAUGAAGUUCAAAGCAAUGCCACCAAAAUUGAUUCGCUUAAGGAUGAUUAUAUAGACGCCUGCAAUAAACUUGAUCAUAUCAAAGAUGCCUACACCACUGAAAUGUUCAAGUUUUUAUCGAAAGAAGGGGAAAUUUCGAAUAUCCUAUUGAACGUUUUAGAAGCUCAAAUAGAAUGUCACAAAAGUUUAUCUACUACUCUUGACAGUAUUUUAGCUAAAGCCCGUGAUUAUAUAAGUUCUUCCUACAUUAAACCCGCGUUCGGCUGCCCUUUACAAGAAUAUUUAGAUCUUACAAACAGUUUCGUUUCUCCUAUUAUCGAAGAUUGCAUCAAUAUACUUUUAGAGAUAGGCUUGGAUGAAGUUGGCUUGUUUCGUAUGACAGGUAGUUCUCCCAAAAUUAAAAAAUUGAAAUCCGCUUUCGAUUCGGGAUCACCGGUAGACAUGCAAGAAUUUAUACAAGAUCCUCACGUUAUUACCGGUAUACUAAAACUCUAUUUAAGAGAGUUGCCCGAACCAUUGCUCACAUUCAAGCUUUACGAUGAGUGGUCAAACGCCGGUAAAAUGGAAGAAAACAGCUUUGGGGAUAAAGAAAUCAAUGAACGCAAUAGCGAAAAUGAGGGAAAGGAGAAGACGUUAUUACGGGAAAAUAAAUUAGCAGUGUUUGCCAGCCUGCUCAAACGAUUGCCAAAAGCUAAUCUUGACAACCUGAGGUAUCUGAUUCAAUUUAUGUCUCUCAUAGUUGAUCACUCGGACGUUAAUUUGAUGACUAGCUCUAAUUUAGCUAUUGUUUUAGGGCCUAAUCUAUUGUGGAAGCACAUGGAUUUAAGGAUGGAUCUUUCGAAUACCAAUGUACAAAAUUCAAUCGCCGAAUUUCUAAUCGUGAAUUGCAAUGCAUUAUUUCCCGAAAAAAUAGACUUCAAAAAUUAUGACAAUUCCAAACCCGUUAAUCUUUUUCGCAAUAAUCAUCUCGACAACAAUCUCGCCCAUUCUAUCCCAGAACCCGGUAGUUAUAAUAAUAAUAAUAUUAUAAACCUCGAUGUCAAUGACAAAGAACACAGUAUUACCCGACACACUUGCCAUUCCUUGAACCAAACCCCCCAACAAAGCGAUUUUCGAAAUCCCCAAAAUAAUCGGGCCAUCUAUUCCCAAGUUGAUCUCUCAAAAAAAUACAAAAAAUCUCUCUCCAAUGGUUCUAAACCAUCCUCCACGCAUUCAACUAUAUCUAAUGACCACCAAUUCGACUCCACAUUUUCUUCUUCAACGCGCUCCUGCAAAGCUACCCCUAAGGUUCAUAACAAGGACAGUAUCAUGUAUCACAGUAGCCACGAGUUAUUGAACAAUACCUCAUUCGCGUGUCUGGGAAUCCCAUCUUCUACUUUUCAUUCGCAGUCAUAUUCCACACAAUCUCCCGUAACACAUCAUCAUUACAAUUCGAACGAAAGCAUAAAUCUUAGUAAUUCUUGCGCUGGCGAUACGCUCCAUCGUACGGGUGAUAAUCAAAGAAAGCUAAAAUCACAUCGAGACUUAUCCAUUAGCCUUCCGCCGCCGCCUCCUCCUAUUCCGUUAUCGAGCUGCCCCCUAGCGCGGGAAGAAAAUUUUGAUAAUUGCGAUACAUUAUUACCCGCACAACAAAUAGCCCGGUGUUGCAAGAUUAAACCUAGUCUACCACCUCCGCCUAAAUUAAGACAGCUCAAAGAAACUUUACAUUAUCAGAAUGCGUAGUUGUUGUUUCUGGAGCAUAUUUUUUUAAGUCUAAUUAUCGUUUUUCAAAUUAUCAAAGAAUAUUUAUUAAAUUUAUAUUCAUUUAAAUUGUUAUGGGUAAGACGUAAAGGUAGGAAAAGUUUCAAAUGAUGAGAAAAAAACACAAAAUAUACAUCACAAAUUUUUAUUAUUAUUAUAUUAUAAUUUUAAAAUGUAUUUUUUUUUACAUUCCUCUGUUUGUAUUAAAAAAAAGAAUUUUUUUAAAUUAAUUUAUUUAUGUAUCAUUUUAUAACGAAUUGAUCUACAUAUUUAGCUUUGGACAUUUGUAUAUUUAUUUUAUCAAGUCAACUUUAAAAAAAAAACAUAACAUAAUAUUAAUGUUCGCAUUAAUUAUGGGCAAUAUUUCUUUGUGAUAUACUCUCAGUCAAAUUUGAGAGAAUACGCAUGGUGUUUUUUUUCUUUAGUUUUUAAAAUGUUAUAAUUUUAUUCAUUUUUCUAUCUAUUUUAAAAACGUAAUUAUUUUUUUUUAAAUGAUAAAUUUUAAAAUAUUUAUUUUUUUAUAUGAAACUAAAUACGACCUAAGGAAAGGACUUGCAUUCGUUUAAAUGCAAGCUCAUCAUCAACUCUAUUUUUUUAAAAAUUAAAUCAAAUAUUUUUAUAGGUUUUUUGUGAUAAAAUAUUAUUUAUUUUAUUUAUAAUGCGCUUUAUCUAAUAUUUAUAGAAA